AUGGAACGGGGAGGUUUCCACGGCUACCAAAAGACCCAAAAUGCCAGCUCCGGGCUGACACUAUCGGAGAUCAACAUGAAGCUGGCUGAGAUUAACUACUCCACCAAGAAUAACGCUGCUAUCACAAACAAUGGUGGUGCUACUGAUGAUAACGAAUGCACCGUGCGAGAGCAGGACCGUUUCAUGCCGAUAGCCAAUGUGAUCAGAAUUAUGCGCAAGAUCCUGCCCCCGCAUGCCAAGAUCUCAGAAGACGCCAAGGAAACAAUCCAAGAGUGUGUCUCCGAGUACAUCAGCUUCAUCACAGGAGAGGCCAAGCGUUGCCAGCGCGAGCAGCGCAAGACAAUUACUGCCGAAGACGUUUUGUGGGCAAUGAGCAAGCUGGGGUUCGAUGACUACAUCGAGCCUCUCACUCUCUACCUCCACCGCUUCCGUGAGAUGGAGGGUGAUCGUGGCUCCAUGAGGGCCGAGUCGACUUUGAUCAAGACUACUGGUGGUACUAGGGCAGCAAUGACUGCGGCAGAAUACCAUGCAGCAGCUGCAGCAGGCUCUUUCGCAGCUGGCUUUGCUCCAUUUCAUCAUCACCAUGGUUUUUUCGGAUACUUGAAGAAUGGUGCUGGUACAUCUUUGUCCCAUCAGGCACUGGCUAAUGGUGAUCACCUGCAGGCAUCAUCACAUUCCCAGUAA